CCAAAUCAAGGAAUGAGUAUAUCGGAUGCGGUAAAUCGUGGUCAAGUUGACUUGCAAAGAGGUCUUUAUAGACUGCCUAAUGGAACUUAUAUUACCAUAGCAGAAGCCUAUCAGCGAGGCUACCUCAUAUAUAACGAGAUAAUAAAAAUAAAAUCGAGUGCUUUGUCUUUAUCAGACGCGAUUAGUCAAGAACUUGUAGAUAACAGUGGUUGGAUUUUGGACCGUAAUUCCGGUGAUAGGUUUCAAUUAGAUGUAGCAAUUAAUAAUGAACUUAUAAACCCAAAUGUUAGGGAAAUUGUUGACCACAAAAAUGAUACAAAAGUUACGCUUGCUGAAGCGUUGGAGAUGAAUUUAAUUAAUACUAAACACUCUAAAUACGUACAUAAUGUUACAAAAGAAAAGCUAUCUUUCAAAGACGCUGCAGCUAAGCGUUUCAUUUGUAAACCAAUGACAUUAAAAGAUAUAUGCGAUAAAAGCUUGAUGACGAAUGAUGGUAAAGUUUUGUCUGCCGCCAAUAAGUCACAUCUUAGUAUUUUAGAAGCAAUAUCCACAGGUGUGCUCGAUAGUGAUACAAUUAAAUGCGUUACUGAUACGACUUCUGGGCAACUUUUAACCCUAUCUGAAGCGUUGGCUGCUAGAAUUAUAUUGCCCGAUAAUAAAUAUCGUGAUAAUUUAACCGGUGAAAUUUGUAGUAUACCAGAAGCAGUAGAUCGUGGUCUUAUAACAUCAGUGUCACAGAGGUCUUUAUUCGAUAUAGACGGUUUUCGAGACCCAAAAACCGGUGAAUUCGUAUCCUUUAACGUCGCUCUUGGUAAAGGUAAUCUUAAAUAUGUAAAUGGUGAAACAUUCCUAAAAUCAGAAAGUGGUGAUUUUGUGUUUAUAGAGGAUUGUACAAAGGUAUCGAUUGUACGUCCCGAGGUUUUGGAAAUGUUUAGUCGAAAAAUAGGAGUAUAUGAAAGUGAUAAGGAACUUACUGUGUUAGAUGCCGUUUUUAAAGGUGUCCUAGAUUCUAAAACCGGUUAUCUCCUUGAACCCAUUUCUAAAAAGCCCAUUCCAUUUAAUAAAGCUGUUGAAAUAAACAUAAUAACACCUGAAGGAGCUGCAUUGUUAAAUUCACUUUUAAAUAUUACACUAACAGUACAGACAGUAACUAAAACUGUUAAGCGUUAUGUCACAGUUACAAAUACUAGCGAAAGAAACAAAUUAGAAACAAUCAUAACUUUCUCAGAAGCGGUAAGACGUGGUUUAAUUGAUGAAAAUACUCAAACGUUCACAGAUCCCACUACGGGCAUAGUGUUUCCAAUUCAACAAGCGUUAGAUGAGGGAAUUUUAGGGGUUGACCAAAAUGAUCCACGCGUUACUCGAAUCUCUGACCGAGUGACGAGAAAAGAUUUAGUGCCGGGCCAAGUUGUAGAGUUAAAAAUUACAAAAAAAUCGUUCAUAAAAGAACUUCCGGCUAGCCCCGAAAGUAAAGUAGAAUUCGAUAAUCAACCAGAAACUGUAAAAAGUCCUGAUUUUGUCAUGGACUCAAAACAUAAAGAAAACAUUGCACAAGAAGUAAAAACUUCAACAUCUAUGGAAACUGAACCGUCGGUAACAUCCCUGACUAUUAAGAAAAAUACCAUUGAACUACCACGAGGUGGAUGGACUCUGAAAGAGGCCAUUCAGCUGAACCUUUUUGACCCGGUUAAUGGUAUUUUUGUUAUUCCAGGUACUGACAGAGUUCUUGACUUUAAGGAGGCAUUAAAAUUAAACCUGAUUAAUAAUGAAUCGGCACACGUAGUUGAUCUAAAAACUAAAAACAGAUUGCUAUUAGAUAAGGCAGUAGAACGUCAUAUUUUAGAUAGCAAAGGCCAAUAUAAUCAUCCUAACGGAAAUCUUACAAUGAAAGAUGCUAUUGCCAAAAAAUACGUAUUAUUUAUAAGCCUUUCAACAUCUUCCCAUUCCCAAAAGGUUAUAACAUUUACUUCUAUGUCAGGAAUGCCAGAUAAAAUGGACGUCACUGACGUACAAGAACCGAGCGUUGUGUUGACAGAGGAUCAAUCUGUUCUCGAACCAGUACAAGUAAAGCCCGGGGUCAUCUAUGAUCCCUCAACUGCGUUAUUUAUUUCUACCACUUCGGGUACCUCCGGCAAUAUCAUUGAAGCUAUAGAACAAGGUUUAGUGCCUAGUGAUUCCGUCAAAAUUUUAGACCCUCAAACAAGAGAAGUAAUUAAUUUGAAUCAAGCAUUAAAUAAGGGAAUUGUUGAUAAAAAUACCGCGCAAUACCUUCACGAAUCAGGUCAGAAAAUUAGUUUAAAUGAUGCCGCUAAAAUAGGAUUAGUUACGGUUGUAGGGGCCCCAUUAGUGGCCGCCUCAAAAAUAAUUCAGCUUGUUAAAAGUACUAUGGUGGUCGAUCAUAAAACAGGAGAGGAGGUGCCUAUGGAAGUUGCGUAUGAAAGAGGGUUAGUUGAUACGAAUACGUACAAACGAUAUGAGGAAUCAUUGAGAGAAAAAACACCUAAUGAUGAAUCAGUAUCUGUUCCAAAAGAUGCAACAGAUACAACAAUACAACCAAAAACAAUCGUUUCUAAAAGUAGACUAACCGUCGAUACAAAAAUAAAUACGAGUUCCGAUUUUCCUAUUAAGACACAGCGUGAAUACGAAAUAAAUAUUAUGGAUCCUAAAUUUGUUGAACUUACGGACGAACAGUUAAACAAUAAACCGAAAUACUUUCCCAAUGAGUUAAAUCCAAUAGUUGAACAAGCGGGAGACUCUAAACCAACUAUUUUACAGAAACUAAGAAAACGAGUAAUCACUGUGAAAGAAGCAUACGAUGAAAGUUUAGUUGAUGAACGCACAGCUACGAUACUGAAUAGCAUUUCUACCAAUAAAUAUGAAGACGGGACAACGUUAACCCUAGAUCGUGCGAUGGACUUACAGUGCAUAGAUAAAAACACAGGAUGUAUUAAGGAUCCCAUACGUGGUGAUACUAUGGUUAUUAAAGAAGCACUCAACAGAGGUAUGUUGGAUGAAAGCGGUCACGGUGAACUACUGUUACCCCUAUUUAGACCGUUAACAAUACCUGAAUUGUUAGAACAGGGACUUUUAGAUGGCACUUCUGGUAAAAUCAUUCAUCCUGAAAGCGGUGUUCUCUUAAAUUUGAAGGAAGCUAUAAUAUGCGAUAUUGUUGACCCAUUAUCUUCAAUAGCGAUUUAUCCUGGCGGAGAUAUAAAUAUUUCUGAAGCAAUUUUGCAUGGAAUAAUUGAUGAUGAAAAAAAUAUAAUACAAACUAGUCACGGACCUGCAGAUUUAUUGUCGGCAACAAAUUUAGGUGUUUUCCCCGAAAGAGAGGUCCUGUGUGACAUUCCACCUGCAGCUAUGACACUACCAAUAGCCAUUAAGUAUGACCUGGUAAACCAAGAAACAGGUACCUUUAAACAACCUCUUACCAAUGAAUUGAUUCCCUUACACGAGGCAAUAGAAAAGAAAAUCAUAAUGGCAAUUCCUUACCCCUAUGAUACCAAGACAGCCACGACUCUCGAAAAAGCUUUUAAAGAAGGCUUAGUUAAUUUUAACAAGGGCACAUUUACUGAUCCAAAAUCUAAACAAGUGAUGUCAAUUGACAAAGCUUUGGAACAAGGUUUACUUAUCAUAGAGCCAAAUGAAAAAUCCUUAGAUAUUAAAGGUGUUAUUACAACAAUCACUGAAACAUUUUCUUCUCAGCAUACAGUUACAACAAAAAUGGUAGAGCUAUUAUCUGAUUAUGUUCUGGUCAAUGCAAAGGAGGUUAAAAACAUGAAAACGGGAGAAAUUAUUUCUAUAGAAGAAGCCCGUCAAAAAGGCAUUGUUAGAGACGAACAGACUAAGAAGGAAGAGUUUGUUACCAAUUGUUCAAUGAUUAAUUUCAAAGAUGCGCUGGAAUUUGGAUACAUAAACUUGGAUGAUAAUACUUUUACUCACCCUAACACAGGAAAUACUUGUUCUAUCUUUAAAGCUGUUAAAACUGGCCUUUUGAACACAGCUGCUCCAGCAGAGAAAAUAACUGUCGAGAACUUAAAAAAUGUGGAAAUGCUUGACCUUAAUGAGGCUUUUGAUCUUUUAUUUGAUGACAAAACAGGAAAAUACAGAGAUCCAAGAUCCCAAAACAAAAUGGUAACAUUUGAAGAAGCUUUAGAACAAAGUAUUAUUAAUGCAGAAGGUAUUAUAUAUGACAUUAAUUCUGGCAAACCAGUUACUCUUAAGAAAGCCUUAAAAACUGGAUUGUUAGACAAGAAAACAGGAAAAAUUCAAGAGCCAGAUUCAGGAAAGUCUUUUGACAUUAAAGAAGCCGCAAAAAUGGGUUUGGUUGCAAUUGUAGGAGCCCCUGUUCUGGCAGGAAUGGCUCUCGUACAAGGUGCGAAAAUAGUGGCUAAUAAAAUAAUGGAUCCUAAUGUAAAUGAAAAAACGAAUUUAACAGAAAAUGCAGAUGCCAUCAAAACUGUUACUGAAAUGUCCACUAGGAAAGCAAUCAUUCCAAUCGACAAGACCGAAAAUCAAGGAGUUGAAAAAGAUGCUCAGAAUAAAGAUACUAAGUCUAAAUUAAAUGAUUUGAAUAAGAAUGUUAAAGUUAAGAUAACGGAUGAUAACGGUCAAAUAAGUAAAAAUGACGCCGAGAAAGUUACACAAAUAUAUCAAAAAGCAUUAUCUGAGGACGCAGCUGUUUCACAACAAUCUUCCUAUAAAAAAACUGAAUCUUUUCAAAGUAUAACAGAAUCAACUAAUUUAGUCUAUGAAAAACAAUCUUUAAAUGAUUUUCAAUCAAACUUGAAGAAUGUAACCACUGAAUUUAUUAAACACGAAAAUAAUGAUAAUGUGUCUGAACCUAUAAUAAAUAUCCCAUCGAAGACAAGUAGUCAAGAAUCGAAAGACACUAUAUCUACUGAUGACUCAGUUACAUCCCCUAUAUCUACGAUAACUAACGAAAAUAAUACAUUAGUAAAAACUAAAGGAUCAAGUGCUGGACCGGCAUUAAAUGUUGUUAACGAUAGAUUUAUUGAAUCUUCACAAAGCGAUAUUUAUAGCCAUUCGCCACGACAGGAAAAACUACAAAGCAAAUCGGAUGAAACUCUUGCAGAGUCUUUCAAAGUUACUGAGCCAGUUUCUCAUGUGGUAGAAGUAACACCUGGAAUUGUUUAUGACACAGAAAGAAAUGUGAUUAUAUCCACAGAAACAGGAAGAAUCAGUGACGUUAUAUCUGCUGUAAGUGAAGGACGUAUUCCACCUGAUGCAGUAACAAUUUUGGACCCUAAAUCUCAACAGAAAAUUAAUAUAAGUGUUGCUCUUAGCAAAGGAAUAAUCAAUAAAGACAACGGUGACGUACAGGACAAAAGUGGAAAAAACAUAUCUUUUGCGGAAGCUGCUAAAUUAGGCUUAGUAGCAAUUGUAGGAGCACCUAUAUUAGCAAUAUCAAAAACAGUAGAACUCGUAAAGGACGUAAUGUCUGAGGAUAGUAAACCUAGCCAAGUGCUACAAAAGACGGAAGCCUCUAGCGCCGCGAUUCCAGAUAAAAAUGGAUCUAAUCAAGUCAACAUCAAACAGUCUGAAGUACCAUUUACAGUUGACAGGAAUACCCUUGACAGUGUACUAGAAUUCGAAAAACCUAAAAGGUUAGAUGUUACUAGUAUACAUGAUAUUAAAACUGAAUCAGCUAAGCUAAUAGAUGCAGAGAAACAGCCAUUGCCGGAUACUGAAGAAAUAAUAGAAAAUGCUGCCACAAAAGAGAUAACCGAAAAACCUAAAAUUCUUUUUGAAAAUAUACCAUUAAUUGAUGCAAUCACAGAAAGUAAAAUUGAACCAAAGAUAUGCAGAAUUAUUGUAAAUGGCUCUGAAAUGCCUCUUACUGUUCAGGAUUCUAUUGAUCAGGAACAGAUUAGCAGAUUUACACCGGUAGAUGUUAUUUCUAAGAGUUGCGUUGUUGUUAGAGUUUCCCAGCCUAAAACUCACAUAGCUAUAUCAUCAAAAUUGACUCCAGAAGAACUAUCAGAGAUGAGAGUAUAUGAUAUCGAAAAGCAAGGCUUUGUAAAUCCCGAAACUGGAGCCAAAAUAUCGUUUGAAGAGCUUGUUUAUGGUCUCCAGGUAUUUGAUCCUAGUUCUAUUUUAGUAAAAGAUUUAAGUUCUAAAUCGGACACGUUUAUUCCAUUUGACGAAGCUAUUGCUAAACCAAUUAUUGAUAAAUCAACUGGGCAAAUGGUAAAUCCCAAAACUGGGAAACGUGUGUCAUUUUUAGAAUGUGUACGAAUUGGAUGGAUCGUCGAAAAACCAGAGGACAUGUCGAUCUUAGAACAUGUUAGCAUAGAAACUGCGUUAGAAAAAGGUACAUACAAUGCACGCACGGGUGAAAUUCAGGAUCCUAACACAGGUGAAAUCAUUCCUAUCUCUGAUGCUAUACAAAAAGGUGUUAUUGAUCAAGAUACGCUCUAUAUAACAAUACCGGUAACAAAAGAAACGAUAACGAUUUUAGAAGCGGUGGACCGAGGAACUAUCGAAAUUUGUAACGGAUUUAUUACGAUUAUUGAAACUCAAGAAAUAAUCGAAAUAAGUGUUGCUAUUCAAAAGGGUAUUCUUACAUUCUCGCGAAGACCAAUAUCUAUUAAGGCAGCAAUUGACAAUAAUAUGUAUGAACCUAUUUCUGGAAAAAUUAAGGAUAGUGCUACGGAACAAUUAGUUAGUGUCGGAGAUGCAGUGUCAAGAAAUAUUUUACAUCCAACUAUAUCUGAAAUAAAAGAUACCGCGUUAGAAAAGUACAUACCUUUAGUAGAAGCAAUUGAAACAAAAUUGAUAAAUCCAGACACCGGAAAAAUUACCGACAAAAAGACUGGUGUUGUGAUGCCGUUGGACAGCGCAUUGCGAAGUGGACUUGUAGCCACUAAAGCAGUUACCUUUUCUUUAUUUGAUAUUAUUGAAUUGGGAUAUUACUCACCAGACACCUGCAAAAUAUUGAACCCUAAAUCAGGUGAAAUUGUUUCAUUGCGCAAGGCUAUACAUGACCAGUUGGUUGAUACAUCGGACGUUAAAAUAAAAGAUGACAAAACCGAGACAGUUGUAGCUUUUGAUCAAGCAGCCAAAUUGGGUUUGAUAGAUUUAGAACAGGGUGUUCUAACAUCGCCACCCUUAAAUUUAAAAGAUGCUUAUGAAAAAGGAUAUUUACUUAAUGACAAAAAGCCCUGGACUUUACAGGAAGGCUUAGUUCAAGGAUUCUAUGAUUCAGAAACUGGACUGUUAACUAUAAAUGACAAAUCAAUGACAUUAGCAGACUCAAUUGAGGUAGGAAAUAUUAAUCCUGAAGCACUCACGGUGAGAAAUUCUGUAACGGGUGAAAUAAUUUCACUAAAUGACGCCAUCAAUGAAGGUAUUAUUGACUCAAAGGAAGGCAAAGUAAGAGAUCCAAUUCAAGGCGAUAAAAUUUCUUUGACUGACGCAUCUGAGCGCGGUCUUAUUCUUCCAGCGAAACGUAAGCUUAGUUUGCCUGAAGCUGUUUUUAAAGGAUUUUAUGAUCCAAAAACAGGUAAAUUUUCACACCCACACAGUAAAGAAAAAGUUCAAACCGACAGGGCUAUUAAGAAACGAAUGAUUGAUCCCCAAUCUACUCUAGUUCACGUUGGAGGUAAAGUAAUUCCUUUCGAAUUUGCUGUAGAUAAAGGUAUUGUGGAUGGCAGAACCGGAACAAUAUCAUUAGGUGACGAAAGAGUUGACUUCCGCGAAGCUUUUGAAAGGGGUAUUCUAGUUGAAGUUCGUAGACCGCUCUCUCUUAUAGAAGCGCUUGAAAAGGGUGUUUACAAUGAAAUUACCGGUCUGUUUAUGGAUCCGCAAUCGGGUAAAAAAUAUACAUUAUCUGAGGCAAUAAAAAUAAACCUCAUUGAUCCCCAAUCCGUUCACAUACAAGAUAAUAGACUUGGUAAAUGGGACAAAAUUACUAUAUCCGAAUGUCUUGAAACUGGUGUAAUUGAUGACGAAAGUGGUAAGAUAAAAAAUAUAAAUAGCGAUAAUGAAGCUAUAAGCCUUCACAAAGCUUUUGAAAUUGGUUUGCUAGUAGACGGAAAAGCUCCCAUAAGCUUACAGAGAGCAUUGCAUCAGGGAAUAUAUGACGAUGCUUUAGGUAAAAUUGUAGAUCCCAUUACAGGUCGUAAAAUAACGUUACACGAGUCGAUUAGACGUUCCAUAAUUAGUCCCAAGUAUCUUUGCUAUUUUGAUAAAAAAUCUGAAAAACCCCUCACAUUGGCUGAGUGUUGUCGAAGUGAUAUUAUUGACCGUAGAAGCGGUAUGUUUAAGGAGCCCGGUUCUGAUGUCCAAAUAUCUUUAUCUGAAGCAAUGAGUCUAGGCCUAAUUGUCGAUAUUGAAAGUGCAGGCUUUUCGUUGUACGACGCACUUUCAAUGAAUAUGUACAAUAUUUCGGAAUUAGUUUUUGUUCAUCCAGUCACAGACAGAAAGAUUACUCUUAAAUAUGCAAUCGCUGAAGAAUUAAUCAAUCCUGAAACCUCUCUCGUUAAACACAUUCCGUCAAAUAAAUAUAUCAAAUUACCUGAAGCUAUCGAAAGUGGUAUUGUCGAUGAAAAUAGCAGUGUAUAUAUUUUACCGAAUGGUAGCCAAAUUAAUUUACUCGAUGCCAAACAUCGGGGCUUAGUCGUCACUUCAAAGAAAAAUCUGAGCUUGGAGGAAGUUAUAAAGAACGGUCUUUUUAGGGCAGACAAUGCAAAAGUAGUUGAUCCCACCAACAAUGAGUUUGUUGAUAUCAAAAAAGCCAUUGAAAUAGGUCUUAUUAAUCCUGAAUUAACUGUUGUUAAAGACAGCUCAUCAGGAAAAUUCAAACCUUUACUUAAUGCUAUACAACAGGGUGAUGUUGAUGUUAUCAAAGCAAGAGUCCUUGACACUAAGGCGAAGAAAACGUAUUCUCUUGAUAUCGCUUUUGAUAAAGGACUUCUUGUAACGAUUGCACAGCCUAUCACUAGUCAAACAGUUUCGAAACGCUACGUUUCUGAGGUGACGUCGAAAGAACCUUUGUUACGCGAGUUUACUUUAGACGAAGCCAUAAAAUAUGAAUUUAUCGAUCCAGAAACCGCUUUAAUAAAAGAUCCUCACAAAAAUAAAUACAUUCCGCUAAAACUAGGUAUUACGGAGGGUAUAAUUGAUAAAAACGUUAAAGGCCUCUUUGACACACAAAAUCCUAAAACACUUUGCUUUAAUUUUGAAAACAGUUUAAUCGUUUAUGUUAGGCAACCGUUAACUUUCGAGGAAGCUAUAGAACAGGGUCACCUAAAUGUUAGUAAUGCUCGGUUUAUUGAUCCACAAUCCAAAGAGGUAUUAUCCAUCAAAGACGCUGCUAUUUUGGGAUAUAUUGAUUCAGACACUGCGCUCAUUAAAGAUAAUCUCAAAAAGAGGUUAGUCAAGCUUCCUGAGGCUUUCCGUAAAGGGCUCAUGGAUGCCGAAAAGGGUAACAUAUUAGAUACUGAAACAUCUAAACUCAAUACGCUUAACGCUGCUAUCGAAUCUGGUCUUCUAAUGACCCCGAAGAAGAGCUUUAGUUUGAUUGAAACUAUAAACUUUGGUAUUUAUAAUCCAACAACUGGAGCUCUGAACGAUCCAUUUAUUACUACUAGCGUCAUCGAUAGAAAGAAAUUGACUUUAGGCGACGCGAUAAAGCAAGGUAUUGUCGAUCCGUCUAGCACAGUUGUGAAAGAUCCAGAGACCGGAAAAAUCUUGCCAUUGGUACAAGCAAUUGAACAACAGCUUAUAAAUCCAGUAGAAGGAACAAUAACGAUUGACCCGAAGAAAGGCAUCAGUCUCGAUUUGGUCAAAGCUUUUAAGAAGGGUUACUUACUGCCAGCAGAAACCAGGCAAGCAGUCGAAGAGAAGUACAGGCUUUGCGAUGAGACCCUGUCGAAGUUAUUGGAAUGGAUCGCAGUGGUGGAAGAGAGACUGGCGAACCAAGAAGCGGUGAAGGAGGACAUGGAUGAAAUUCGUAACCAGAUAAAUAUAUUGAAAUUAAUCAAGGACGACCUUGACAGUCACCAACGUCAAGUAUCAGCUUGUGCCGAUCAGGCGAAGCAGCUUCUGGUCUCUGGAAGUGAUGUGUUAGCUCCGCAUGAGGUGGCAGCAUUGGAACGUGGAGUGAGACAGCUGAAGCAGCGCUGUGACAAAUGUACGGACAAAUGCGAUAAAAUGUUGAGAAAACUUGUUGUCGCGAGAGACGAACUUGGAAAGUUUACGAAUGAACUUAAUGCUUUCAACACCUGGAUGGAGGGUGCCUACCGCACUCUCGAAGACAAGGAAGUGGCUUUGUCAAAGGUUGACAACCUGGCAGGACAAAGCGAUGAGGUCAGAGAUUUUGUUUCUGACGUCAUAGCGCACCAAGCAGACUUGCGUUUCAUCACUAUGGCUGCGCAGAAGUUUGUGGACGAAAGCAAGGAAUUCCUCAACAUCCUAAACGACUACCGUACGUCGUUACCCGCGCGUCUGUCGCACGUGCCCGUGCCCGUAGAUAGUGCCGUACGCGAACAUGCUGGUCUCGCGAGAAGGAGACACGGAGAACUCGCGUCUAGGGCCCAACGCCUAUUAGACCGGCUCAGGAUGGCCACUGACGGCUCGUCCAGGUACAGGGAGGCUGUACAGCGGGCUCAGAGAUGGAUGCAGUCGUUGGAGCCACAAAUCCGUACAGUCCUAUCUGAGGGCGUGGCUGGAGAACCCCGAGCUGUGGAAUCUCAGUUGUCGAGAGCUAAGACUCUGCACAACGAGAUAUUGUCUCAAGGAAGACUUAUUGACAACGUCAAAGAUGCUUGCGAACAACUAGUCAAAUCCCUCGAGGGUAACCUCACACCUUCAGAAAUCCGUCAACUCGAAGUUCCAGUGAUUGAACUACAAGAGCGAUACAAAGAGAUGAGCGACGCCGUCGCUGGCAAAUGUGGGGAGUUGGAGUCGGCACUUCUGCAGUGUCAGGGCAUUCAGGAUGCGGCUGAGACCCAGGCCAACUGGCUCAACCAGGCCGAGAAUAAUUACAAGACCCAAACAAAACCCGCGUCACUGAUUCGUGAGCGGCUCGAAGAACAAAUUCGCGAACAGCGCAUCUCCCAAGCAGAGGUGGAAGGCAGAAGAGCGGCGCUUGCGCAGUUGCAAGCCGCAGCUCGUGAAGCCGCACUCACGCCAUCCAACGCGCGUAUCGCGAACAAACUGGAACAGCGUGCGCAGGAUAUAUUCUUAAGAUACGAGAAAUUAGUAGAGCGCGUAACCAAACGCGGACAAUUCUUGGACGAAGUGAUGUCCGAGUUGAGUCAGUUCAAUCAGCUCGCGAGUCGACUCGAAACGACGCACGCGCAACUCACCGAGUUGGACUCGAGGGACCUCGCUAGAAUGUCUAGUGAUGAGCUGGCUUCGAGAUUAGCCGAUUUGGCUCAUUCUAGAGACAAGCAAAUGCCGCUGGUAGAGGAAUGUCUUCGUCUCGGCAAACAACUGGUUGCUAAGAAGGAUGUCACCGACACGCACGUUGUUCGGGACAGGAUGAAGGCCAUAGAGAACCAAUGGCGUGACUUCAACACCUCAUUAGAAGAGAAACAGAAAUUGUCUAAACAGAAGUCGGACCAGCUCAACCAGUAUGAGACUUUACGCUCUCAGGUCCUCGAAUGGCUGCAAAGCAUCGAAAAUCGCAUCAACCACUUGCGUCCGGUUGCAAUAGAUAUGGACGUCAUCAAACAACAACACGACGAGCUGAGACCACUCGCUAAAGAGUACAGGGAUUUCUCUAUUACCAUCGAUAAGUUAAAUGAAGCCGGUGCUGCCUACGAAGCGUUGUCACGCGGUGAUCGAGCCGAUUCUCCGAGGAGAAGACAUGUGUACAGCCCUACAAAGAGACAUACUCCUAGUCGAACCCUCGAUACUCGAUCGCCAUCACCUGGAAAGGGUGGAGUGAUAAGUCCUGCAUCAGCUCACUCAGCGUCGAGUGGCUUCUCAUCGAGACGCUCCAGCCAGGAUGGAUUCCAUCUUGAAGACCUAUCUCCAGUACAGCAACAAGUAUCAGAAGUCAACAACCGCUAUGAGCUGGUCGGAGCUAAGCUGUCGGAUAGACAGAGCGAGUUGGACGCCAUGAAGGAAGAAGUCAAACGUCAUCUAGAUAGCUUCCGAACACUCAACAACUUCUUAGAUAAGGUACAAAGACAACUGCCAAAGGAAUCAGUACCUACCACCAAGGAGGAGGCAGAUAAGACUAUCAAACAAGCACGCGCUGUGUUAGAAGAAAUGUACGAGAAACAGAGCAUUCUUGACUCUACUAAGACACAGGUGCGUGAAUUGUUGAAACGCAAGCAGAGCGUACAAGGAGCCGAUCGUUUACACGACGAAUUACAAGAUGUCGCCUCCAGGUGGAAGGCACUGCAUGAUGCUUUUAAGGAAAAGAUUCAACUUAUGGAAGAAAUGAAAGACCUGCUUGACACGCACAGCAGUCUGUCAGGCUGGCUCAGUGCUAAGGAGCGCAUGAUGACGGCUCUCGGACCUAUAUCUUCAGACUCCAGAAUGGUGCAGACACAAGUUCAACAGGUCCAAGUUCUUCGCGAAGAGUUCCGAAGUCAGCAACCACAGCUGUCGCAUUUGGUGGAUGUGGCCGGAUCAGCUUUGCAGAAGCUGCCCCAUGAUGAUCCAGAUGUUAAGAGAUUGACGAAGAAGGUCCAAGACCUGCAGGAUAGAUGGAAUGAUCUGCUUAACAAACUGGAACAACGCGCAGACAGCCUAGGCGCAGCAGCUGAUACGUCUCGCGAAUUCGACGCAGGCCUGGAACGGCUGAGAAACGCCUUACACAGCAUCGGUGAUAAGUUGGACGACGUGACCACGAGACAAGAGCCAGCUGAUCAGCUGAGAGAGGUCGAGAAUUUGGAACGCCAACUCGAAGGCCAGCGCCCCCUGUUGGCUGAUCUCGAGGCAGCCGGAGCAACAUUGGCCGAAGUCUUGGGAGAUGCCAGCUCAAGGCAAGACAUCCAGAGCAAACUGGCAGCUGCCGUGAGGCAAUACGACCAGUUGCAGCGGAAGUUGGAUAAUCGGAAGGCGGAAAUUGAGGCAGCACUCAAGGAUGGUCGCAACGUAGAAGAAAGCGUUGCACGUACAUUGGGCUGGCUACAAUCAGAAUUAGGCACAUUACCAGCGAGAUUGCUCGUCUCCGCCGAUAAGCCUCGUUUACAACAGGCCUUAGACACACACGAACCACUCUACAGAGGCCUUACACAGAGGGAACACGAAAUUAUUAUGCUAUUAGAUAAAGGUCGUGAGAUGGAGAAGAAACCAGCGUUCAGCGGUCUCCGUAAAGAUCUGGACAGGAUUCAGAGCCAGUGGGAGAAACUCAAGAGAGAGACGGUCGACAGAUACAACAGACUGCAAACUGCUAUGGAACAUUGUCGUAAAUACAACAAAGCGCAAGAGUCCUUCCUGCCUUGGUUGGGUGAGGCUGAGAAGCAGCUACGGGAGUUACCAGCUGUUGCCUUCACUCGCAAGGAACUCGAGAGGCAACUGAGAGACCUGCAACACAUCAGGAACGAUGUUUGGAAGAGAUCUGGUGAAUACGAAAACAACAGGACAUUGGGAGAGACCUUCAUAUCGGCUUGUGACGUUGACCAAGAGAUAGUGAGGAAUCAACUUGAUAGUAUGAAAGAGAAGUGGGACAGGAUUAACAACGAGGUGCUUCAACAAAUAGAAUACCUGGAGUCCACGAGCCGGAAACUGGGUGACUUCUUGGAGAAAGUGCGAGCUGUGGAGGCUCCCUUGGCAAGAUGCGAGGAACGCCUGGAGGCAGCUCUUAACUCAGCGCCUGCUGCUGCUAAAGAUGCAGUCGCCAGACUCACUGACCAUGUUCACGCAUUACACGCGCCUUUGCAGAGCGUCAACAUGGCAGCGGACGAUAUAGUGUCGAUCGCGAAUGAAUUCGCCGGACCUGAAGCUGCAGCCCGCGCCCGUCAAGUACUGGACGAAACCACUAAGUCACUGGCUGAUCGUCUACGAGACCUGGAAACCAGCACCCUAAAGGCUGGUGAGGAGAUGGCUGGAGUAGCCAAGGCCAUCACCUACUUCCUGAAUAAUGUCAAAGAAUCACAAGAUCUGAUAUCGAACCUGGAGAAAGAAUUCGACGCGAUGAAGCCCCCCGGACGGGACCUGAAAACAGUUCGGGCACAAAUCGACGAGAUCUCCAAAUUCUGGACUAAGCUUGAGAGUGGGGAAGCAAAUGUCGACGAAACGGCAAGGACCGCUGACAUCUUCGACGAUUCACCGCAUUCGGAAUUCGCUAAGCCGCAAGAGCAUAUCGCACCCCUCAAAGAGAAAAUAAGGAAGCUUCAACAGAAAACUCGUCAAAGAGAACAGGACCUAGAUGACACUCACAGCAAACUCCAAGCUUUCUACAAAGUCUACGAUGCUGUUAUAGACGAUAUUGAUGAGGCAACAGAACAAGUACGAAACUUAAAACCAGUUUCCUCGGACCUGGACCAAAUUCGUGCCCAGCAGAAGGACUUCGCCGACCUCAAACAGCGUACUGUUGAGCCUUUGGGUCAAAAUGUGUCCCAUUGCAACAAGAUUGGUCAGGGUCUGGUGAGAUCCGCUUUACAAGGGGUCUCCACUCAAGAGCUGGACAAAGACUUGGAGAAGUUGAACGACAGAUGGAACAAUUUGAAGGAAAAGAUGAACGAACGUGGACGUCGUCUCGACGUGGGUCUGCUCCAAUCUGGUAAACUUGCUGAAGCCUUGGCUGGUCUCGCUCGUUGGCUUAGUGAUACAGAGGAAUUGGUACGAAACCAAAAACCACCUUCAGCCGACUACAAGGUGGUGAAGGCGCAGUUACAAGAACAGAAGUUCCUCAAGAAGAUGCUGAUGGAUCGUCAGAACUCCAUGUCGUCUCUCUUCGCGAUGGGCAAUGAAGUCGCAGCUGAUUGUGAUUCAAAUGAAAAGAAGGCGAUUGAAAAGCAGCUGAAGGGUCUAAUGCUGAGGUUCGAUGGCCUCACCGCCAGCGCCCAACAGAGGAUGCUGGAUCUGGAACAAGCUAUGAAGGUGGCCAAAACAUUCGAGGAGCAAUUACAACCGCUUAUGGAGUGGCUUGGAGUGACUGAGAGGAAGGUGAAUGCUCUCGAGCUGGUGCCCACUGACGAGGAGAAGAUACAGCAGAAGAUAAGAGAACAUAAGAACAUUCACGAGGACAUCCUAUCAAAGCAGCCCCAAUUCAAGGAGCUGACCGAAACUGCGUCUACUCUCAUGAGCCUGGUUGGAGAUGAUGAAGCGGCUGCUCUAGCCGACAGAUUACAUCUUGCUACUGACAGAUACCAAGCUCUGGUAGACCACAGUCUUAACAUUGGGGACCUUUUGGACAACUCACGUAAAGGUCUCCGUCACUUGGUCCUGACUUACCAGGACUUAUCUGCAUGGAUGGACAGCAUGGAGCAAUAUUUGGCGAAGAGGAAAAUUCUGCCGGUUCAUAUGGAGAAACUUCUUCGGCAGAUGGAUGAGUUAGCUGAAAAAACGGAAGAAAUAUCAGAUAAGCAACAAGCAGUGGACAGCACAGUGGAGUCAGGUCUCGAGCUGAUGAAACACAUCUCCGGCGAUGAAGCAUUACAGCUCAAGGAUAAACUGGACGCCCUGCAACGUCGGUACAAUGACCUCACGGCGAAGGGAGCCGACCUGCUCAGGUUGGCCUCCGACACGUUGCCGCUUGUGCAGCAGUUGUACAACUCACAUACAAAGCUAACAGAAUGGAUGGCAAGCGCCGAAACUUGCCUUCAGUCGGUGGAACCCAGGGAACAGGACAUCCUCAGACUGGAAGCUGAACUUCAAGAAUUCAGGCCACUGCUUGACAAUAUCAACGUCGUCGGACCUCAGCUUUGUCAGAUAUCUCCCGGAGAAGGCGCCACUCACGUGGAAGGGAUGGUGACCAGAGACAACAGAAGGUUCGAUGCCAUCGCGGAACAGGUGCAGCGGAAGGCUGAGAGACUGCUGCUUAGCAAGAAACGUUCCCUAGAAGUAGUGGGAGACAUGGAAGAGUUGGUGGAGUGGCUCCGGGCUGCCGAUGCCCAGUUGAGGGCCGCCGAACCUCCGGCCGCUUCCGCGGAUGUGUUGCGGGCCCAACUCGCCGAGCAAAGGCCGCUCAGUGACGACGUCGCCGCACAACGCGUUAGGGCAAGAGAACUGCUCAGUCAGGCUAAGAAGGUCCUCCGCGAAUGCCAAUCUGGUGAUGAGGCCAGUGUGAUCAGAGAGAGGAGUGAAGAGUUAAAGGAGAUGAUGGAAGAAGUCGGUCAGCUCAGUGCCGCCAGGCUGGCAGCUCUUGAACAAGCAUUGCCGCUAGCCGAACACUUUGCAGAUACUCACCACGGAUUGUCAUCGUGGUUGGACGACAUGGAGAAGCAGGUCCAAAUGUUGGCGAUGCCGGCGCUCAGACCCGAACAGAUCGUUCAGCAGCAAGACAAGAAUGAGAUGCUCCAACAAUCCAUCGCCGGCCAUAAGCCACUCGUGGACAAGCUUGUGAAGACUGGAGAAGCGUUAUCCAGACUUUGUGGGGAGGAUGAUGCCGCUAAAGUUCAAGAUAUAGUGGAGAAUGACUGCGAGAGAUAUAACGCGCUCAAAGCUGAGCUUAGACAGAGACAGCAAGAGUUGGAACAGGCGCUUCAGGAGUCGUCAGUAUUCGCAGAGAGGCUCGAAGGUAUGGUUCGGGCCCUGUCAGGCGCAGCUGACCAAUUGCAGCGUGCCGAACCUGUCUCUGCCCAUCCGCACAAGAUACAAGACCAAAUCGAAGAGAACAACGCGUUAAUCGAAGAUCUAGAGAAGCGUGAGGAAGCGUACAAAGCGGUGCAAAGAGCGGCGAGUGACGUCAUGAGUAAGGCCAGCGCGACCGACCCAGCCGUCAGAGACAUCAGAGGAAAACUGGAGAAACUUAAUAAACUAUGGGAUGAAGUCCAACGGACGAGCAACAACCGUGGCCAAUCUCUCGAGAGCGCUUUAGAACUGGCUCGUCGCUUCUGGGAACAGCUGGAGGCAGUCAUGGGACAACUGGGAGAGCUGGAGGACACUUUGGCUGCUCAGCCACCGCCUGCUGCCCAGCCCCAUCACAUCCAACACCAGCAGUUGCAGCUGCAGGAGAUCAGACAGGAGAUUGAUCACACUAAACCCGAGGUGGAGAAAGUCCGGAAGACGGGAUCGACUUUGAUGUCCAUCUGCGGUGAACCGGACAAACCCGAAGUCAAGAAACACAUCGAAGAUCUGGAUACAGCUUGGGACAAUAUCACGGCUCUCUACGCUCGACGGGAAGAAAAUCUCAUUGAUGCUAUGGAGAAAGCCAUGGAGUUCCAUGAUACGCUUCAUAAUCUCCAAGAAUUCCUGGACACGGCCGAAGAUAAGUUCUCCCGGAUGGGACCUUUGGGCUCGGACAUCGACGCUGUGAAGCGACAGAUCUCACAACUUGCAGGCUUCAAGACCGAAGUAGACCCUCACAUGGUCAAGGUUGAAGCUUUGAACAGACAAGCCGCGGAGUUAACUGAACGAACAUCCUCCGAACAAGCUGCGGCAAUCAAACAGCCCCUCACAGAAGUGAACGGUCGCUGGUCAUCACUACUUCGGGGUAUGGUGGAAAGGCAGCAGCAGCUGGAGAAGGCUCUGUUAAGGCUGGGACAGCUGCAACAUGCCCUAAGAGACAUAUUAGCUUGGAUACAGCAUACAAACGAUACCUUGGAUACCCUAGCACCGGUGGCUGGAGAUCCCCAAAUCUUGGAAGUGGAACUGGCAAAACUGAAGGUGGUAAUGAACGAUAUCGCAGCUCAUCAGGCCAGCGUUGAUACGCUCAACGAAGCUGGCGCUCAUAUAGUCCAUCAUGGCACAGACGAGGCCGGCGAGACCGCCGAGAAACUGGCAACACUCAACAAGAAGUGGCGCGAGCUACAACAGAAAGCAAGAGAUCGUCAAUCCGAACUCGAAGAUGCAUUAAGGGAGGCCCAAAGUUUCAACGCGGAAAUCGGAGAUCUACUGUCGUGGUUAUCUGAAGUAGACAGCGUAGUGGUCGCAUCCAAACCUGUCGGAGGUCUGCCGGAGACUGCCACAGAACAGCUGGAGAGGUUUAUGGAGGUGUACCACGAGAUCGAAGCCAACCGCCCGAAGGUGGAAGCCGUCCUGCAGCAGGGUCAGGAGUACAUCAAACGACAGGAGAAGCCCAACCCCACCAGUCAGCUCCACCUCAACUUGAAGAACUUGAAGUCACGAUGGGAUAAUGUCACUUUGAGAGCGUCAGACAAGAAGAUAAAGCUGGAAAUAGCGCUGAAGGAAGCGACGGAGUUCCACGAGGCUUUGCAAGCGUUCGUCGACUGGUUGACUUCGGCUGAGAAGACUUUGACCUCUGCCAAACCUGUGUCCAGGGUUAUGGAGACGUUACUCACUCAAGUGGAAGAGCACAAAGCCUUCCAAAAAGAAGUGUCUACCCACCGGGAGACGAUGCUGCAAUUGGAUAAAAAGGGAACGCACCUAAAAUACUUCAGCCAAAAGCAGGAUGUUAUCCUCAUCAAGAACCUUCUGGUUUCGGUGCAGCAUAGAUGGGAGAGGGUGGUCUCCAAGGCUGCUGAGAGGACCAGGGCUUUGGACCACGGUAUCAAGGAGGCCAAGGAGUUUAAUGAUAUGUGGAACAACUUGAUGAACUGGCUUAACGACACAGAACAGCAGUUGGAUCAGCUCAACGCUGAAGCCAAUGUCAACGAUCCGGAGAAGAUUAAACAGAGAUUAACAAAACAUCGUGAAUUCCAAAAGGCGUUGGCUUCGAAGCAGCCAGCUUACGACUUGACAAGCAAAACAGGCAAAACCCUGAAAGACAAAGCGCCGAAGAGCGACGAACCCGUGCUGAGGGAGAAGUUGGCCGAACUCAAGUCUAAGUGGACCACUGUUUGCUCGAAGGCUGUGGACAGGCAAAGACGUCUGGAGGAAGCUCUCCUAUACUCGGGUCAGUUCAAGGACGCGAUGUCCGCGCUCCUCGAAUGGCUCAGGAAACAGGAGAAAGACUUAUCAUCAGAAUCACCGUUACACGGAGAUUUGGAUACCGUUAUGGCACUCAUUGAACAGCACAAGCAAUUCGAGGAAGAUCUACACUCGCGCGAACAACAGAUGCAGUCGGUGAUGAAGACCGGACGAGAUUUGGAAGCCACGGUGCCAGCGGAGGAUGCGCUCAGCAUCAAACAGCAGUGCAGCGAAUUGCAGCAAGCCUGGGACACCGUGUUUACGCUCAGUGAAAGAAAAGCGCACAAACUGGAGACCGCGCUGAAGGAGGCUGAACGUCUCCACAAAUCGGUGAACAUGCUCCUCGAGUGGCUCUCCGACGCGGAGACCAAACUCCGUUUCACGGGACAGUUGCCAGAAGGAGAACAAGAGACGCAACAGCAGAUCCGAGACCACGAGAGGUUCAUCAAAGAGCUGAAUGAGAAGAAGAGAGAUAAGGACGAUACCAUAUCUCUCGCUCACUCUAUCUUGGGCAAGGCUCAUCCGGAUGCAGUGACAGUCAUCAAACAUUGGAUCACGAUUAUACAGAGCAGAUGGGAUGAGGUAUGGCAAUGGGCAAUGCAACGCGGUGGAAAGCUGGAAACGCACAUGCAGAGCUUGAAGGACCUCGACCUGGUUCUGGAAGAACUCUUGCAGUGGCUCAGCGGACUUGAAACUACGCUUAUAACCCUGGAAGCCGAGCCUCUACCCGAAUCUAUCGAGGUAUUGGAAGGCCUCAUUGAAGACCACAAAGAUCUGAUGGAACACACGCAGAAGAGACAGAACGAGGUGGACCGUGUCUGCAAGGCUUACCAGGUGAAGAGCCAAAGUGUAGGACGCGAGUCGACCCCACGCAAAGUGUCGGCCAAGAGUGCGAUCAAAGGAACGCCUGGACGCGGCUCUCAGCACGACCUUCAUAGAGAUAGGUCAAUGUCACCAGAUUAUUAUGGCAGUAGGCGUAUUAGGUCCCGGAUUCACUCGCGAAGUAGUAGGAGAGGAAGUCGCGUCAGUCCGGGAAGAGAUUCGCCUGACCGCGCCCUGCCGCACUACGGUCCGCGGUUCCCGGCUAAGGGAAGUGUCGGCGCCGAGCCGGAGUUCAGGUCUAGUCGGGUGAAACAACUAUGGGACAAAUGGAGACACAUCUGGCUGCUCGCCUGGGAAAGGCAGAGAAGGCUGCACGACCGCCUGAUGCAUCUGAGGGAACUACAGAGGGUUUCCAACUUCAGCUGGGAUGAAUGGAGAAAGCGGUUCCUGAAGUUCAUGAACCACAAGAAGUCCCGUCUGACGGACCUGUUCCGAAAAAUGGACAAGGACAACCACGGAAUGAUUGCAAGGAACGAGUUUAUCGACGGAAUCAUUAAUACCAAAUUCGACACAUCCCGCUUGGAAAUGGGCGCUGUGGCCGAUCUGUUUGACAGAAAUGGCUCUGGGCUGAUCGAUUGGGAGGAGUUCAUCGCUGCGUUACGCCCUGAUUGGGUGGAACGCCGAGGUCCCCCCACGGACGCAGAUAAAAUCCACGAUGAAGUGAAGAGGCUGGUCAUGCUCUGUACCUGCAGGCAGAAGUUUAGGGUGUUCCAGGUCGGAGAAGGCAAAUAUAGGUUUGGUGACUCGCAAAAACUCCGUCUGGUUCGGAUCCUACGGUCUACUGUGAUGGUUCGAGUUGGCGGUGGCUGGGUGGCCUUAGACGAGUUCCUGGUCAAAAAUGACCCAUGCAGAGCUGAAGAGUUUAUGGAGCAGUUGAGGCCCAUAUUUGAGGCUUUGAGACAGAGGGAAGAGCUCCCUUGCUCGUAUCCGCUGCAUGUGGGCUCGACGCACGGCACAAAGCAGGCUUUCAUUUACGGCCAUUCAAGAUCUCAAGGUUCGACGACUCCGGGUGCCCACCACUAUACACACCAACACGGAUAUCAGCCUUCUCCAGGAUACCAUUGGGUAAGAGAACGUACGGCUCGCUCUGUACCAAUGUCGGCUGGAGGAGUUCAUGGUCGAGCUUCACGGUCUUCGCUCAGUGCGGGAACACCAGAUUCGCUGAGCGACAACGAAGCCGCUAGUGGAUUGGGACAAAGAUAUAGAAAGCCGAGUGUACCCAGAUCUACCUUAACACCUGGUGGGUCAAGGCCAGGAUCGAGACCCGGAUCUAGAACUGGGUCAAAACCACCUUCGAGACAUGGAUCCAACUUAUCUUUGGACAGCACAGAUGACGUAUCAACUCCAUCUCGUAUACCUAUGAGGAAAGUGACAAACACGCGGGCAUCUCUUGCCCGUGCCGCGGCAACCGCUAACAAACUGGGUGUCAGUACACCCAAUGGUGGCUCUCGUCCACGAACACCCACUGGUAUUCUGACACCAGCCAGUGGAAGGUAUCAUAGCGGAGCGAUGUACCGCACUUCCAGUAUUCCUACAUUGUCACCGGUGCCCGCUCUAGUGAGCUCUACACAUUCCCAGCCAUCGUCGAUGGCCUCUGAACCUCCUAAAUCUUUAUCCCAUAAUCAUCCAGCAUUCCAAACUCAAGGUACCACGAAAAUUCCAAUUUACGUCGGCAACCGAUCGCAGCGAUCGGUAUCGACUGAGCGAAGGCUAAAGUCUGGAAAGUCCAGAGAGACCUCGCAAGAUCCCAGUCCCAUGUCCCAAGAUCCGAAAUCCGACCAAAGAAGUCCGGAAGACGAUUCCUCCCUGUUCAGUAUAUCGGGAAUGACGAGCGACAAUGAAUGUGAGAGUAAUAUUAGCGAGUCGAGCGGUGAUGCUUCCAAACCGAAACAACGCGACGCUAAAGGGAGUGGGUCGUUUGCCUCAACCGAUGGAUAUACACCUGGCAGAAGUCGUAUACCAGUACCUAAGGAGCACAUCACUAACACUAAUCAAUCUAGGCAAAGAACACCUUCGGGAAGCACAACACCAGUGCGUUCUGGUCAGCAAACUGCAGUGUCUAGAUUGCUGCGAAAGACCUCAGAUGCCUCUGAUAGCGGCACGCCGACUACACCAGUCACUCGACGUACAUCGACAACAACACGAACCACGGAUAAACGAGAACCAUUCCGACUUUAGACGAUUUUAAAUAACGGUUGAAAUGCUAAUUGUCGUUUUGACAUUUGACACGCCUGAUUUUUAUUUGCGAACGUGUAAAAUUAUAAUAGCUAAAAAUUUAUCUAACAAAUUGUAACAAGCCUAAUUGAGUCAAAGUGACACGAAACUAACAAAUAACAUAUUUGCGAAUCGCGAAGCUUAAAAGCUUACGAAUAUGGCUUGUAGUAAGUAUAGAUGUAGUAAUAAACACAAAGUCUGCACUUGUUGCCUUGUAUUUUUUUCUACCGAGCAAAUUCUAUUCGACUAAGUUUUAUAGUCUAUUUGAUCGUUUCCAAAACUAUUUCUUUAUUGUGAAUAUUCCUUUGUCUUAUUUAUUGUCAAUGUUGCCAUAAUUGUUAGGGUAUAAUACGUAAUUCGUCUCGAAAUAGAGACAAAUGUGAUUAAAUUUUUAUUUUUUUUCUUUAGGGACCAUAUUUUUUGUACAUGUAAUUAUCGAUUACGGUUUUUUCACCGUUGUCUGUGACAUAGUAACGCCAGACUAUACUCGCGGAGUUGCGGUGCUCAAAUGGUUGUCGGUAAUAAAUGACAGGUGAUAAUAGGGAUAAUUUCUUUGUAAUGCACAAUCAUGUUUUUCGUGUAUACAACGUAUAUUCUGUUUGCGUUUUAUUGAUUACGUAUGUAUGUGUUUUUGAUUGCACAAUAUUAAUUGUGAAUGUUUAUAAAGUUUGUACUCGGCGACUGUCGCCAGAGUCGUUGAGUACAUAAGCAAAAUUAUGCUCAGUUUAUUGAAAUUCCACUGCGGACUUUUUUAUUUUUAAGUAUACUAAAGUACAUUUUGUCAACACAAAAGACAUUUACUUAAUAAUCUAAGAAUACUUUUAUAUAUGAAAAGAACGCUUUAAUAUGUAACCUUCCUUAAAAUGUUAACCAACACUCACAUUUACUUGUUUUACUUUUUCAUAUUUCUGACUACUAUUAAGCGUCUAUUAUUAGAAGUAUAGUUAUUAUUGUAAAACUAUUAAUCUGGUCAUUUUAUUUAAAUCAUUGUUAUAUUUGUUAUUUAUGUAAAAUCCAAACUAUAGUAAGUUUAUUUACAAAAGCUUACUAUAUUUUUUUGUAAAUGUGUCGUGCUGCAGUUAAAAAUCUCAUAAUUGAUUUCAAAAUAAAAUGUAACAAUUA